AUGACGCCCAGGCUGAGUGAGCAGAGAACGCAGUCUGAGCAUUACUUCCCCGGUGACAUCUUCAAGGAGGCCCUGUCCACAGUACAGAGCCAGCGCCUAGCACGGUGCCUGGCUGAGGCUCUCAGUGAUAUAGUGGGGCUGUAUGACUCGGCUAAUGACAGCAGUCAGCUGGCCUCAGGGAUUCUGACCCGGGUCACCCAGAAAUCGAUCACGGUGGCCUUUGAUGAGUCUCCUGAUUUCCAGUUGAGCUUGGACCAAGACGGUUCGUACAGACUGCUCAAACUUGCCAACGACGUCACUUACAAGCGACUGAAAAGAGCUCUGCUUGCCCUGAAGAAGUACCAUUCAGGCCCCGCGUCCACCCUCAUAGAGGUCCUCUUCGGGGAAUCCGCCCCCGGUCCCGCUGUUGAAACACGCCCGCUGACCUUCUACAACAGCUCCCUGGACGCCUCCCAGAAGGAAGCGGUGUCGUUCGCGCUGGCCCAGAGGGAGCUCGCCAUCAUCCAUGGGCCCCCUGGCACCGGGAAGACCACCACCGUGGUGGAGAUAAUCCUUCAGGCUGUGAAGCAGGGCUCAAAGGUCCUGUGCUGCGCCCCCUCGAACGUCGCCGUGGACAACCUGGUGGAGCGCCUGGCCCGCUGUGAGCAGAAGGUCCUGCGCCUGGGCCACCCGGCCCGCCUGCUCGACUCCAUCCAGCAGCACUCCCUGGAUGCGGUGUUGGCGCGGAGCGACAGCGCCCACAUCGUUGCAGACGUCAGGAGGGACAUCGACGAGCUCUCUAUGAAGAACAAGAAGGCCCAGGAGAAGGGCGAGAGGAGUCAUCUUCGAAACGAGAUCAGGCAGUUGAGGAAGGAGCUGAGGGAGCGGGAGGAAGCCGCCAUGCUCGAGAGCCUCACGUCGGCCCACGUGGUCCUCGCCACCAACACCGGUGCCUCUCCCGAUGGCCCUUUGAAGCUGCUGCCCGAGAGCUACUUUGACGUGGUGGUCAUCGACGAGUGCGCCCAGGCCCUGGAAGCGAGCUGCUGGAUCGCCCUGCUGAAGGCCAGGAAGUGCAUCCUGGCUGGGGACCACAGGCAGCUGCCCCCCACCGUGGUCUCACACAAGGACCUGCCGGGAGUGGCUGCCACCGAGGAGACGGGGGCGCCCCUGGUGCUCAUCGACACGGCCGGCUGCGGGCUGUGCGAACUGGACGGGGAGGAGGAGCAGUCAAGAGGGAACCCAGGUGAGGUCCGCCUUGUCAGCCUGCACGUCCAGGCCCUGGUGGACGCCGGUGUCCCCGCCCGUGACAUUGCCGUCAUCACACCCUACAACCUCCAGGUGGAGCUGCUCCGGCAGAGCCUGGCCCACAGGUACCCUGAGCUGGAAGUGAGGUCCGUCGAUGGUUUCCAGGGUCGGGAGAAGGAGGCCGUGAUCCUGUCCUUUGUCAGAUCCAACAGGAAAGGUGAAGUGGGCUUUCUUGCUGAAGACCGGCGCAUCAACGUGGCGGUCACCCGGGCACGGCGCCACGUGGCAGUCGUCUGUGACUCACACACCGUCACCAACCAUGCCUUCCUGAAGACCCUGGUGGGCUACUUCAUGGAGCACGGGGAGGUGCACACGGCCUUUGAGUACCUCGACGACAUCGUGCCUGAGAACUACCCCCAUGGAGGCUCGCAGGGCCCCAGCAGCACGACGGCCCAGGGUGCCCCGGCCAGGAGGAGGCCCCCGGGCAGCGGGCAGCAGACGGGCGGCCGGGGGCCCCGAGCUGCCAGACCAGAGCGGAAGAAGCCAGACACUAAGCCUUUGGGCUCUGAAGCCCCCUCUCAGCUCAGCCGCAAUGGGGGUGGCCCGGGAGCGGCAGAGGGAGGAGGCGUCUCAGACCACUUCCGGGCCACAAUCUCUGCAUUUGUGGUGAGCGAGGAGACACGGCUGGAGUUUCCUGCCUCCCUGAGUGCCCGCGACAGGAUGUGGGUCCACCAGCUCGCCGCGGAGCUGGGGCUGCGGCACAGCAGCACCGGGGAGGGCCCAGGGCGGCGCGUGACCGUGAGCAAGAACACCGGCCCGGGCCUGUCACCCCCCAGCCCCGCACAGGCCGACCUUCCGCCCAGGUCAUCACAGGCUGAGGGCCCCCCCAGCCCCACGCGGGCGGAACAUCCCCCCAGUGAGCCGAGCAGCCGUAGCGGUCGUGCUGGGAACCCGCUGGACCUGAAGGCGCUGCACCUGGAACGGCUGCAGAGGGAGGCGGGUCGGCGGGAGCAGCUGGCCAAGGGGGCGCAGCCGGGCGCGGGGACUCGAAGGCCGUCGGAAAAGAAAAAACGGAGACAGGCCAAAGGACACACGGCGCCAGCUUUGCCCGAAGACGAGGACUUUGACGCCCUGGUUUCUGCUGCCGUUAAGGCUGACAACACCUGUGGCUUUGCCAAGUGCACGGCCAGCGUCGUGACCCUGGGCCAGCUCUGCCCGCACUGCAGCCGCCGGUACUGCCUGAGCCACCACCUGCCCGAGGUCCAUGGCUGUGGGGAGCGGGCGCGUGCCCACGCCCGGCAGAGGAUCAGCCGGGAGGGCGUGCUCACCGCCGGCAGUGGGACCAAGGACAGGGCCCUGGACCCAGCCAGGAGGGCCCAGCUGCAGAGGCGGCUGGACACGAAGCUGGACGCCUUGAGCAGCCAGAGGAAGAGCAAGAGGAAGGACAAGGAGACGUGA